AUGACGAAGCUUGCAGAAGGAUCCUCAAACAAAGUGUUCCUGUUGAAGUUUGACGACGGAAAAGAAUGCAUUGCCCGCGUUCCUUGUCCCGGCCUUGCCUCCGAGCCCCUCGUGAUCUCAAGCGAGGUGGCUACUCUUGACUUUGUGCGUCGCCAUCUGGACAUUCCUGCUGUACCCAAAGUCCUCGCGUGGAGUACCGACGGGGCCGACUCUGAGGUCGGAUCUAGCUACAUCAUCAUGGAGAGGUCACCAGGCGUUCCACUCACUGAUGUCCGUUACUCUGCUGUCGGAGGGAGAGAGCUAUUCGAUCAUGUCAUAAAUCCUGUGAUAUCAAUGGAGAAAAUCGUCGGUGGCCCCCGAUUCUCACAGAUAGGUAGUCUGUACUUCAAGGAGGAUGUUUCGGACGAGCUCAAGUCUCGCCGUCUAUACGCUCCGGACGUUCCCGACGACGAGGCGUCGGACAUAUAUCGCAUUGGACCAACUGUCCAACACGAUUUUUGGAAGGAUGAGAGAAAGGAUCUGGACAUAGAUCGAGGCCCUUGGCCUGACAUCCAUUCCUACGCGGUUGCGGUGGCCGAACGGGAGAGACGAUGGAUAACUGCCUUCGCGCGUGAUCCUCCUUCGGGAGCCUUUCUCAAGGGUCCCUUCAGAUCCCCGGAUCAACAUCAUCGACUGUUGGACGCCUUCCUCGCCACUGUGCAAGGACUUGAGAUACCCAGCGAUUUCUCGCCUUUCGUCCUUUGGCAUCCCGAUGCGCACCGUGCAAAUGUGUUGGUUCAAGAGCACGGCCCGCCGGAGGUCACAGGUUUGGUCGACUGGCAACACGCGUGGAUCGGCCCGCGCUUUUUGCAGUUACUCGUUCCUCCAGCCUUUAGCCACUUUCACACUAUGAUUGAUCCAGUCAAAUUCGACUCCACGCCCUCUCUCCCACAUGGCUUUGAUGCGAUGAAACCAGAGGACCAAGACUAUGCCCGCGAGGAGCUUAGAAUGGUGCAGCGGGAGCGACUCUAUCAGCUGGCCCUAGCCCUUCACGAUCGUCCUCGUUUCGAUAUUCUGAACUCACCGCUAUGGCCCUCAAUGGCAUUGUUAUUCCAUUCGCUCUCCGAGACGUGGACCGAUGGUCCUACUCACUCACUCCUUGCAAUCGCUAAACUUUGCCGCAAUUGGGACCGCGUCGGUAAACCUGGCUCGCCAUGUCUGGUGACGGUUCCGGACGAGGCUAUUCUGGAGUUGUGCGACGAUGAAGAGCAUAUGCACGAGCGCAGAACGCUGAUAGAAUACUUCUGCAACAAGGCCCGCGUUGAUUCGGACGGUGGAGUUGCCCCGGAGCAUUACGAGGAAGCGAAGGAGUACCUUGAACAGGUCCGGAAACACAAAUGGAAUGAGACAGCAUAUGGUCCAUGGUUUGCGGAGGACAGUGCACAGCCGAACAUCUCGUAG